AUGGCCGACGCAACUCUCAUCGAGGCUGCGAAGAAACUCGCAGCUGCCCGGGCCGUCGAUGAGCAUUUGUUGCCAAAAUACAAGUACAUUGGCAUUGGUUCUGGCAGCACGGUCGUCUACGUUGUAGAAGCUAUCGUUGGCAAAGGACCAGAGUUCUACGGCCAGAUGACUUUCAUCCCCACCGGUAGCCAGUCGAAGGGUCUGAUUCGAAAGGCUGGCCUGACACUCUGCAACCUCGACGAACGGCCAAUUCUGGACGGACUGCCUGUGGCUCUCGAUGUCGCGUUCGACGGCGCAGAUGAAGUGGAUGAAGAACUCAACCUGAUCAAGGGUGGUGGCGCCUGUCUGCUCCAGGAGAAGCUCGUGGCCGUCGCGGCCAGGAAGUUUAUUGCAGUUGCGGACUCACGCAAGCAGUCCACGAGGCUGUGUACCAAGUGGAAGACGAUCCCCAUUGAGGUUGUCCCCCUUGCCGCCCCGGACGUUCUGUCCCGUCUUCGCACCAUGGGCAGCGCCAAUGCGACCAUCCGGUCCGGAUUGCCCAACAAAGCCGGAGAAUGCGUGACCGACAAUGGCAUGUGGAUCAUAGAUGCCCCAUUCCCCCCCCUUCUGUUAUCCAAGGAUUUGACGGCGGAGACGGAAGGUAAGGGCAUGAAUGGGGUCUGGCAUAUCGACCUUUUGGCCCAAGAGUUGCUCCGCGUUCCUGGUGUCGUCGAGAUUGGCUUGUUUCACGAAUCCAAUGGACAGCAAGCCGCUAGCCUGCCCAAGGAGCUGCAAACCCAGAAGCCUAUUGCCGCAUACUUUGGGAUGCCUAACGGGGAGGUCCAAGUGCAACUGGCAGCUUGA